AUGUAUCCAAAUCUGGGACCAGGAAACACACAACCAUCGAACAGGUCAAUGCCACCUUCAACAUCAACGUCGGUAUUAAUGUCUAAUCCUAAUAUGAAUACAAAACCAUUAGGAUUUUCUAGUUUGAUGUUGAAUCCAUCUGCUCAAAAUGCAACUUAUCCUGGAGCACAAUCAUCCCAACUACCAUAUCCAAGUGCGCCUCCGGCACCAUCAUAUACAGCUCCCUAUCCAACAAAUGCUCAAUCAUCGAAUGCAAGCUCUUUUUCAUCAUACUCACUACCUAACGUUGGACAACCCACAGCAACAAAUCAAGGUGGCGCCUCUAGCCAAAGUUCAAAUCCACCGGUUUAUCCUGGUAAUCAGCUACCACUAUCAACAAAUUCAAGCACUAAUCAAAAUCCUUCCCCACCUCAGCAAGGUGUUUAUUCACAAAACAAUCCACAACAACAGUCAUUUAAUAAACCCAAUGGUCCAUCAAAUCCACAGCAACAACCAUUUCAGAAUCCUUACGGAUCAUCGAAUCCACAACAACAACCAUUUCCAAAUGCAUAUGGUCCAUCGUAUUCACAACAGCAACCUUAUCAAAAUCCAAACGGUCCAUCAAAUCUACAGCAACAACCAUUUCAGAAUUCCUAUGGACCAUCGUACCCGCAGCAACAACAACCAUUUCCAAAUGCAUAUGGUCCAUCGUAUCCACAACAGCAACCUUAUCAAAAUCCAAAUGAUCCUUCGUAUCCACAGCAGCAAGCAUUUCAGAAUUCCUAUGGGCCAUCGUACCCGCAGCAACAACAACCAUUUCCAAAUCCAAAUAGACCAUCGUAUCCUCAGCAACAGCCCUCGAAUAAUCCUUAUGCGCCAUCGUAUCCUCAACAGUCUCAAGGUGGAUAUCCUCAAAACGAUCCCCGACAAGCAUUUGGUGGUGGCUACAAUGCAAACACUAACAAAGAUCGUAUUCGUAACAUAUCUGGAAAAUAUGAAAUUAGUGAUAUGUUAGCACAGCGUUUAAAUAUACUUCAACAAUUCGAAAUUGUUGUAUUGUGCGAUGAUUCUGGUUCAAUGAAUACACCGGUCAGCGGUACAAAUGGUACUCGUUGGGAUGAAUUACGAGCUAUCGUACAAAUUGUUAUCGAUAUUGGUACCGUAUUUGAUUCGAAUGGAGUUGAUGUACAUUUUCUUAAUCGACCUGCUAUGCUCAAUGUUACAGAUCCUGCACAAGUUGUAGAAUCAUUUAGUCAAUCUCCGAAAGGAUUGACACCUCUUACGCCUGCUUUACGACGAAUUUUUCAAUCAGGAGCAAGUAAACCAAAUAGUAACAAACGUUUAUUAGUUUUCAUUGCCACAGAUGGAGCGCCAACAGAUAAUCUUGGUAAUGUCGAUAUAAGAAGUUUAGAAAAUCUAAUGCGAAAUGAACGUCAAGCAAAUAGUAUGUAUGUAACAUUUUUGGCUUGUACAGAUGACGACUCCAGUGUAGAAUAUUUAUCACAAUGGGAUCGUUCUAUGGUAAAUGUUGAUGUUGUGGAUGAUUAUAAAACAGAACGAGAAGAAGUACGUCGAACUCAAGGACCCAAUUAUCCAUUUUCGUUUGGAGACUACGUUGUUAAAGCAUUGAUUGGUGCUGUGGAUCCGCAAAUGGAUUCUAUCGAUGAAUAUAGAAGAUAG